AAACUUUUAUUCCCACUCUCUCCUCUUCCCGAUCCCCCCAACACCCAAACCCUAACCCUCGAAGCGACGCAACCCACCGGCGGCGAUGGGGCAGGGCACUCCCGGCGGGAUGGGGAAGCAGGGCGGCCUCCCCGGCGAUCGCAAGCCGGGCGACGGCGGCGCCGGCGACAAGAAGGACCGCAAGUUCGAGCCCCCCGCCGCGCCGUCCCGCGUCGGCCGGAAGCAGCGGAAGCAGAAGGGGCCCGAGGCGGCGGCGCGCCUGCCCGCCGUGGCGCCGCUCUCCAAGUGCCGCCUCCGCUUGCUCAAGCUGGAGCGGGUCAAGGACUACCUCCUCAUGGAGGAGGAGUUCGUCGUCAGCCAGGAGCGGCUGCGACCCAGCGAGGACAAGACGGAGGAGGACCGAUCCAAGGUCGAUGACCUCCGGGGCACCCCCAUGAGCGUUGGCUCGCUUGAGGAGAUCAUCGAUGAGAGCCACGCCAUCGUCUCGUCGUCCGUCGGGCCGGAAUACUAUGUUGGCAUAUUAUCAUUCGUCGACAAGGACCAGCUCGAGCCAGGGUGUGCCAUUCUGAUGCAUAACAAGGUUCUCUCUGUGGUUGGAAUUUUGCAAGAUGAGGUUGACCCUAUGGUUUCUGUCAUGAAAGUUGAAAAGGCACCUUUGGAGUCUUAUGCGGACAUCGGUGGUCUGGAUGCCCAAAUUCAAGAGAUUAAAGAGGCUGUUGAGCUUCCCUUGACUCAUCCUGAGCUAUAUGAGGACAUUGGAAUAAGGCCUCCCAAGGGAGUAAUAUUAUAUGGGGAACCUGGCACAGGCAAAACUCUACUUGCAAAGGCGGUUGCUAAUUCUACAUCAGCAACAUUUUUGCGUGUUGUUGGGAGUGAGUUGAUCCAAAAGUACCUUGGUGAUGGCCCCAAGCUUGUAAGAGAAUUGUUUAGGGUGGCUGAUGAUCUUUCUCCGUCAAUUGUCUUUAUUGACGAGAUUGAUGCAGUCGGAACAAAGAGGUAUGAUGCUCAUUCGGGUGGAGAGCGUGAAAUUCAGAGAACCAUGUUGGAGUUGCUUAAUCAGCUGGAUGGUUUUGAUUCAAGGGGAGAUGUUAAAGUUAUUUUAGCAACAAAUCGCAUUGAAAGUCUUGACCCAGCUUUGCUUCGACCUGGUCGGAUAGACAGAAAGAUUGAAUUUCCGUUACCAGAUAUUAAAACCAGGAGGCGGAUCUUCCAGAUACACACAUCUAAGAUGACAUUGGCAGAUGAUGUUAACCUAGAAGAGUUUGUGAUGACCAAGGAUGAGUUUUCUGGUGCUGACAUCAAAGCAAUAUGUACGGAGGCCGGAUUGCUCGCUUUAAGGGAGCGCAGAAUGAAGGUGACACAUGCCGAUUUCAAGAAGGCCAAAGAGAAGGUCAUGUUCAAGAAGAAGGAAGGUGUACCGGAAGGGCUUUAUAUGUGAGACAUCCACCACUCAUCAGCACCAGAAUUACCUCCAGGACACGGUUAAGUGUAAUAGAGAACUGGUAGAGCUGGUGUUUGGUUCAAUGUUCGGAGAAUGUUUGCUUACACCCUUCUUAUUCAGCAAUGUCGAACUAAAGAACCCCCUGAACAAUGUAUGGCUACCAGGAAUGCAUGCAGUUACGGUUCAAUGUUAAAUGCUUUUUGAUCAAACAUGGGAUUCCUGAUUGUUUGAACAGAUGCAGUUCUGAUUA